AUGGCGCCCACGGAGCAGGCCUCCGCGCUGGCCGUGGUGCUCCCCACGCUGACUCAGCUGCGGGCCCUCAAACUGACUGGCGCCACGACGCUGGAGAGGCUGCCGGCGGGGGUGUCUGCGCUCACCGCUCUGACGAGCUUGGUGGUGGACGUGCGCAUGCGCGACAGGGGCCCAGAGGGUCCCGAGCCCGAGGACUUUGCGCCACUGGGCCGCGGCGGCGGUGGCGACGCGGGGCUCCUGCGGUGCUUUGGCCUGCGUCGGCUGGUGGUGCGGGGGUUCAAUGGGCCGCUGCACCUGCCUGAGGGGAUGGAGCGGUUUUCAUUGCUGGAGGAGUUGGACCUUGGUGGCUGCCAGGAAUUGUGGAACCUCGGCCCCUGGCUGCUGCGCCUGCCCGCCCUCAAGCGCCUCGUCGUGCCGCGCCGCUCUGUGCAGCAGGGCGUGUUUGAGGCGCUCGCCCUGCGGAACGACCCCCACCAAGUGGAGGUUGUGGAGGAAGGGGGCGGAGGCGACGGCAAGGGGCAGGAGGGUGAUGAGGAUUUUGACUGGGGCAACGAGGAUGCGGAGGGGUGGGCAGAAGAGGGGCUGUAG